AUGCUGCAAAGAACCAUGCUCCGCGCCUCAAGACAACAGGCUGCCCGCUCAGUACGGGCCUUUGCGCCACUACGUCAACAACCAUCCUUCACACGGGCAGCAGCCACACCCGCCAUCCGAUGGUAUUCCGAUGCGCCGGCAGCAAAGGAGGGAGAGGCGGCUGAGAAGAAGGAGGAGGCGCCCGCAGCGAACAGCGAGGUCACACAAUUGAAGGAGGCGCUAGAAAAGAAAGACAAGGAAGUCAUCGAUCUAAAGGACAAAUACCUACGCUCCGUCGCCGAGUUCCGUAACCUCCAAGAGCGCACCCAGCGUGAAAUCAAGGCUGCAAAAGACUUUGCCAUCCAGCGCUUCGCCCGCGAUCUCGUUGAAUCAGUCGACAACCUCGACCGCGCCCUCGGCACCGUCUCAGAGGAUAAGCUGAAAUCGGACAAUACCGAUCUCAUCGCCCUGCACGACGGCAUCAAGAUGACGGAUUCCAUUCUCAUCAACACCCUGAAGAAGCAUGGUCUCGAGCGAUUUGACCCCUCGGAACAGGCGGAGAAGUUUGACCCGAACGUCCAUGAGGCCGUCUUCCAGGCACCACAGCCCGACAAGGAGGACGGCACUUGCUUCCACACGCAACAGAAGGGCUUCAGGCUCAACGGGCGCGUGUUGAGGCCGGCCAAGGUGGGUGUUGUCAAGAACGCGUAG